CUAAUGCAGAGGAAACUGGUUUAUCAGUUUCCUCUUUGGUUGGUAAAGCCUGUUUUGGGACCUGUAGCCUGGAGAUUUCUUAGAGAUUUGGGAGGGAUGAAAUCUCCAAUCCUGGGCCCAUAUUUUUGGGAGCAGCCAGCGUGCUGAUUGCACAGGUGUGUGCAGGCCUUUUAGGGGAAGCCAGGCCAUGAUUCUGAGCUCCACCCCGGCAAACGGAGUCAGGAGGGCUCCACCCUGGCAGUUAGGAGGGCUCCACCCACCCAGGCAGACGGGAGGUCUCUGCCGUGGAGUCAGGUGGAAGCCAGACUAGCUGUGUGCUAGUG